GGGCGAGCCGGUUGGCGGGGACUGAGGCCACCGGAACUUUCGCGCAGGCCACGAAAUCGUGGCAAAACUUCUCGUCUGUCACCUUGACUGAACCUUAAUUUUUACCUAAACCUACUGCAUGCACAGCUUUGUAAAAGUUUGACGGACGACUGGUAAUUUUUACCUAAGGGAAACAAGAUAACAAUAGUGGAAAUCAGAGCAAUAAGCCAAAAUUCCUAAAAAGUUACACACAUUUUUAUAUAUUUUAAAGUAUAAUUUUUUGAUAAACACAAGUUAUCAAAAUGUAUACCGCCCAUAUCCACUUACUUGUUCAGGGCAAUUUUUGACACCAGGAGCGUCCUAACUAAUCUAUCCAGAGGAAACGAGACUACGAAGGCUAUUUGUGCUCCCUGCUGCUCCCUGCAGACUCCAGAAGCUCUGCCUUUGCACUGAGGGCCUUCAAUGUGGAACUGGCUCAGGCUGGUUAAGGACUCAGUCUCUGAGAAAACAAUUGGACUGAUGCGAAUGGAGUUUUGGAGAAAAACCGUGGAUGACAUAUACAGUGACAACCCACCCCAGCAGCCUGUGGCCAUCGAGCUGUGGAAGGUCUGUGUACCAGCAGAGGCAGGCCCCGUUCCUGGGCCCCCGACUGACUUCACAGAGCCCCAGUAAGGAUGGAAAAAGCCAGGCCCCCCCAAGUCUGGGACUGAGAAGAAAAAGUGGAUGGGAAGCUGCUGUCAAAAGACACAAUCUGACUAAAAGAUGGCUUAUGAAAAUCAUUGAUGAAAGAGAAAAAAAUUUGGAUGACAAACCAUAUCGUAAUAUCCAGGAACUGGAAAACUAUGCUGAAAACACUCAGAGCUCUCUUCUUUAUUUAACACUAGAAAUAUUGGGUGUAAAGGAUCUUCAUGCAGAUCAUGCUGCGAGUCACAUUGGAAAAGCGCAGGGCAUUGUCACUUGCUUGAGAGCAACGCCCUAUCAUGGUAGCAGAAGAAGAGUGUUCCUUCCCAUGGAAAUUUGUAUGCUGCAUGGCGUUUCACAAGAGGAUUUUCUACGGCAGAACCAAGCUAAAAAUGUGAGAGAUGUGAUAUAUGACAUUGCCAGCCAGGCACACUUGCACCUAAAGCAUGCUAGGUCCUUCCACAAAAGUGUUCCUGUGAAAGCAUUUCCUGCUUUUCUUCAGACGGUUGCCCUGGAGGACUAUUUAAAGAAAAUUCAACAAGUGGAUUUUGACAUAUUCCACCCAUCUUUACAGCAGAAGAAUACACUACUACCAUUAUCUUUGUAUGUUCAAUCAUGGAGAAAAAGAUAUUAAAAUAAUUUUAUGGCA